AUGAAGCCCCUCCUGUUGCCUGUUGAGGACUUAAAUGAAGUGGACCCUUGUACAGAUGUGACGCGCAGCACUUCAGACGCACUGGAUUGAGGGUUUCCAACGCGCACCAGCAAUCGCUCAUGGCGUGUUCUUGUGUUUUACAAGUUAUUGAGCAAAGACAACUGCAUCCCUUCAUUCUCUCGGUCUGUUAGUGAGGUUGCGGCUUCAUUUAAUCUAAUUCUUUAUCUCUCUUGGACAAUACAUGUUUUUGAUACAUGAUAGCAGUGUGGAUGCGGCGCAUAACUUUUUCUAAAUUGCGCUCAUCCAUGUCGAGCGCGUUCAUUUCUGAGAAUUAACAUCAUCUCGUCCAGCUGAAGAGCACACCUCAGUUGUCCUCAUGGAUAUUUAUUCGUCUAAACUAUUACCUGCAGUGGAUUAUGGAGUUGGUGCGUUCCUGCUGCUCAUCGCAAUUCUUUCCAUCGUGGGGAAUUUGAUGGUUCUUGUGAUGGCGUAUAAGCGAUCAAACCACAUGAAGCCCCCUGAGCUUCUAAGCGUGAAUCUUGCUGUGACAGAUCUGGGAGCAGCCGUCACAAUGUACCCGCUGGCUGUAGCCUCAGCUUGGAACCACCAUUGGAUAGGGGGAGAUGUCACCUGCGUGUACUACGGCCUAAUGGGAUUUUUCUUUGGAGCAGCUAGCAUGAUGACCCUGACAAUUAUGGCUAUUGUUCGCUUCGUCGUAUCUUUAACGCUCCAGUCACCCAAAGAGAAAAUCAGCAAAAGGAACGCAAAAAUCCUUGUGGUAUCCACAUGGCUGUACGCGCUACUCUGGGCUAUAUUUCCUCUGAUUGGAUGGGGAAAAUACGGCCCAGAGCCGUUCGGCCUGUCCUGUACUCUGGCCUGGAGGGACAUGAAGGAACACAGCCAGUCUUUUGUCAUCACCAUCUUCCUCAUGAACCUCAUCUUCCCAGCCAUCAUCAUCAUGUCGUGCUACUCUGGUAUCGCUCUGAAACUAUACGUCACCUACAAGUCUAUGGACGACAGCAACCGCAUACCCAACAUGAUAAAGAUGCAGCGGCGGCUCAUGGCGAUUGCUGUGUUGAUCAGCAUUGGGUAUGUCGGCAGCUGGGCGCCAUAUGGCAUCGUUAGCCUGUGGUCCAUCUACCGGCCUGGUGAUUCAAUCUCCCCUGAGGUCAGCAUGCUACCUUGUCUGUUCGCAAAGACGUCCACUGUAUACAACCCGUUCAUCUACUAUAUCUUCAGCAAGACCUUCAAACGAGAAAUCAACCAGCUGGGCUGCUUCUGUGGGAGAUCCAACAUCUUUUGUACAUCCAAUGCCAAAAACAGCCCGGAGAAUACCAUCUUCAUGGUGUGUGACACGAACAAGUCCAAACCUGGAGCAGCGGAACAAUCGUUAGAGGAAAGUAGGGAGAAUGAGACUCAACUGAUGCCGAAUCAGAAUCAGUUGAGUCAGGAUCUGUGAUUUGCACUCUUAUGUGUGAAUCUGUACAUAACAUUGGUUAACAGGAAAUUUCUAUCUAUUUUGCCUGGUUAAAGUCACCAUGAAAUCAAAAUGGACAAUUCUUGUUUUUGUUUUAUGGAAUAUUGCAAUAUUUAUUAUAAAUAAUUUUUUCUGUGCACAUCAUUAUUAUAUUUUUUAAUUCAU